AUGUUGUUCGCAGUCUCGCAAGCUUUGUUCAUUCUCAGCCUGAUUCAGGAACACCUAGCUGAUCAGCCCGGAACUUGCCCUCGCCGACUUCCUUAUCCAUCUCUUUUUUUGGACGACGGGACUUGUUACGAUGGUGACUUCAUUCUCAUGAAGCUCGGUCUCGUUCCAGACUCCCUUCCAUGCACGGUGUGGUGUCACGGUCAAGCUCAGAAAUACCUACAGUCCCUCACGGUGUCUAGCUUGCUCGUCAAAUCUCCAGUCUCGCUAUGCAGCGUCGGCAAGCAGUCACUUUCCUAUCGAACCACAUACUUGUCGUUUUCAACCAUGUUCGGGUUGAUGGACGGCUACGAGCGCUACAUCGCCCGCGUGGCUGCCAAAUAUAAGGCCUCCAUUUCCGGGACUCCUCCACCUUCGACGCUCGGCAAGCGGGCGUUCCAAGACUCGAAAAAAAGUGACAAGCUCACUGGCUCUUCCAGGCCUCCAUUUUCACCAUUUUCGGCUUUGACCUUAUAUCGCCUCCUUUGGAUGACUACAUCAGAAUUGAUUCGUCAUUACUGGGACAUGGAUUAUAUCAGGCAAUUCACGGUCAACUUAUACCGGCAGGAGGAGGAAGAGGGACGCGCUGAAUAUGCCGAGUUGGGGUCGCGAUUAAACAAUUAUCUGGGAUACUUGAAAAGGUCUGCCGGUCUAGAGGAGCUUCCCACAGGUAAUGGCGAUGCCAGCAAAGCUAAGAGCAAGGAAGGCGAAUCAGGGUCAGUUACAGCUCUCAAUUGGAGGCUUUGCAAGUGUGAGGUGGCCAUCAAAUUCAACCGCAUGCUCUUGGCUACGGGUCCAGCUGCAGAUCCAGCAAUUGACCUCUUGUUUCAGACUCUCUGUAAGCCUCAAUACGUGAGCCAAUACCUCGCAAGUCUACCUUACAGCUGGAGUCUUGACAAAGCUAAUUCUCUGAUCAUUGACAGCAAGGAGACUUAUCCACCACAGGCGAAAAGUCUGACGACGUUUCUAGCUGAUGAAAACCAGCAACGAGGAUUUUCCUGUGAGACUGCGAACGGUCUUUUCGGAACCGACAGAGUUUGUCAGUCUAUGCGUCGUCCCGGAUGGGUGCAGCUGAAGUGCUGGGAUUCUCUCAAGCUCGCUACGAGAAAACAAAGGGAUCGUCCACAGCCAAAUUGUCGUAAUCCGAUGCCGCUACUGAGGGAUCCGAACCCUUACUUAUAG